AUGCCACGUAAGAUACGUAAGAAUAUACGUAAGAGGAAGAGAGCAUUGAAACAUCCAAUAGUAAGACUAACACCACAACAACAGUUGCAACAACAAAUGCUGAAUGACCCCACUAUGUUGCAACAAAUGUCAAGCAAUCCUAUGCUUUUAAACCGAGUUGUUGGUGCACAGAGUGGAGGUUUAAGAGCGGCACUUUUAGCGAAAAUGGCAGGCUAUGGUGGAGCUGCAGACGGAACAGCAUAUAACCCUCAAAGUCAAAUGAAUUUGAGUUCACUCAAAAAUCAAAUAGCAGAUGUCAAAAAGUCAAACAUAGACAUACAGAAGCAAAUAGGUGAAAACGAAAAGAAACUAGAAUAUGACAGACACACAAAGAAACUCAAUGAGUUAAACGUAGAGAAAAAGAAGAAAGAAGAACAACUGAAAGAACUAAGUACAGAGGAAUAUGCGAAAAAAGUGUCAGAAAAAGCAGCAGAAGUAGCAAAAAUGGAACAAGAUGUCAUAAAUUUGAAAAACCAUACUACUCGAUAUAAAGUACUGAAAGAUGAAGAGAUAAAACAAAAAGCCCUGAAGACAUAUAUGGAUAGCGAUGAGUAUAAAAAAGAAGUUGAAGCAACUGUAAAGGCAGAAAAACUUUUACAGUUGCAAAACCAAACCGUACAGUAUGAAAACUUAGCACAAGAAAGUAAAAAUAACGACGCAGCCAUGCAAAAGGCAAUGA